AUGGACUUUCUUCAGUCCUGGAAGAGAGUCACUAAACCUCAGGCAAAAUACAGUCUCACAGAACUUAAGCAAGUGAUAGGUAGCGGUGCUACAGCAGUUGUCCAGGCAGCACUAUGCAAACCCAGGCAAGAACGCGUAGCAAUAAAGAGGAUCAACUUAGAAAAAUGCCAAACCAGUAUGGAUGAAUUACUUAAAGAAAUUCAAGCAAUGAGUCAAUGCAAUCACCCCAAUGUGGUGACCUAUUACACAUCUUUUGUGGUGAAGGAUGAACUUUGGCUGGUUAUGAAGCUGUUAAGUGGGGGUUCAAUGCUAGAUAUAAUAAAGUAUAUUGUCAACAGAGGAGAACACAAAAAUGGUGUCCUUGAAGAACCCAUAAUUGCAACAAUUCUUAAAGAAGUUUUGGAGGGCUUAGACUAUCUACACAGGAAUGGGCAAAUUCACAGAGAUUUGAAGGCUGGCAACAUUCUUCUGGGUGAAGAUGGCUCUGUACAAAUAGCAGAUUUUGGCGUUAGUGCAUUUUUAGCAACGGGAGGUGAUGUUACUCGUAACAAAGUAAGGAAAACGUUUGUUGGUACUCCAUGCUGGAUGGCCCCUGAAGUAAUGGAGCAGGUGCGAGGUUAUGACUUCAAGGCUGAUAUGUGGAGUUUUGGAAUAACAGCCAUUGAGUUAGCAACAGGAGCAGCACCUUAUCAUAAAUACCCUCCUAUGAAAGUGUUAAUGCUGACGCUUCAGAAUGACCCUCCUACUUUAGAGACAGGUGUAGAAGACAAGGAGAUGAUGAAAAAGUAUGGCAAAUCCUUUAGAAAACUAAUUUCCUUAUGCCUUCAGAAAGAUCCUUCCAAAAGGCCCACAGCAGCAGAACUUUUAAAAUGCAAAUUUUUCCAGAAAGCCAAGAAUAGAGAAUACCUGAUUGAAAAACUUCUCAUUAGAACGCCUAACAUAGCACAAAGAGCAAAAAAGGUCAGACGAGUACCAGGUUCCAGUGGUCACCUCCAUAAAACAGAAGAUGGGGACUGGGAAUGGAGUGAUGAUGAAAUGGAUGAGAAAAGUGAGGAAGGCAAAGCUGCUGUUUCUCAGGAAAAGUCACGAAGAGUAAAAGAAGAGGAGAACACAGAGGUAAAAAUUGAGGCGGGAGGUUUGGUAGAGGACCCUGAGGUACUCUGUAUGCAUGAUACACAGCCUCAGCCGGCUGUUAGUGACGAAUAUAGUGAAGUUCCAUGUGCAGUGAAUCUUGUCUUAAGAUUAAGGAACUCCAGGAAAGAACUUAAUGACAUACGAUUUGAGUUUACUCCAGGUAGAGACACAGCAGAUGGCGUUUCUCAGGAGCUGUUCUCUGCAGGCCUGGUUGAUGGCCAUGAUGUAGUUAUAGUUGCUGCUAACUUACAGAAGAUAGUAGAUGAUCCAAAGGCCUUGAAAACUUUGACUUUUAAGUUGGCCUCUGGCUGUGAUGGCACUGAGAUUCCCGAUGAAGUGAAACUGAUUGGGUUUGCUCAGUUAAGUGUCAGCUGAUGUCUGUCCCUUGACCCCAAGCUGAAUUGUGAGAUUGCGAAGAGUCCGGCUUAGAUGCAAAGGAAAAUUAAUGCACCACACACUGAGUUCCGCUUCAUUCUCUAGCAAUUCACAAAGUCAGAACAAGCGAAGCCCACAGCUACACCGCUGCUGCUAACAUUCAAAAUGCUACUAAAUGUCUCUUAGCAGUUGAUUUGGAUUCCCCCUAAGUGAAAAGCCUGUGGAAAUGCACUCAGGUGGAUCUAUUUAUUGGUUACAAAAGGAAUUUUCUAUCAAGCUUACUUCUUUCAUAAACUUUGAGUGAUACUAUUUUAUCUGUACUUGUGGUUGAUAAUACUGCCUCUGUUCUGUUAUAUUUAGAAAUUAACAUACAUAUAAAAGUUAAGAAUUAUUAGCCAAACUUGAAUUCUAGUUUUAAAACUGACUGUGAAUUUUAUUUUUCAUAUAUUUAUGCAUUACACAUCCUAGUAAUAAGAAAAUGAUUUGACUUGAUUAUGUGCUACUUGCAGUUAAUCUCCCAUUAUUUAAAAAAGUUUCAGGUAUAUCUUUGAAGUAUUUGGUAACUUCGAGGGUUUUGGUUUUUUUAAUUAAUUAGGCAUUAGAAAGCUUUUGUUGGUUGUGUGUUUAAAAACCAGUCCACAAACUGAUUGUCAAGGGAGUGGGAGGUGCCUUGCAGACAUUAAUGUUUUAAGAAUGUGCCUGAGGCUGCUUAAAUAAAUAAUCUCCAUUUUCUAGAAGUAC